GGCUCCUUUACAAGCUCCUUCUUUGGAGCGCUAUGACUGGGUGACUGACAACGCGGCGAUUAUGACCAGCUGACCGCGAUGGUGACAUAAGCAUUGCUGUCCUUCUACUCCCUACAACUGGUAUGCUGGACUAUGGCAGCUACGGUCGAGAUAAUCAGCUCCGCAAAUGACCUGCUGGCUGCUCACUCUGCGCUCAUCCAAAGAGUUCGCUCGUCACAGCAAGCGCACCGGCGCCAACUCCAAUCUCUUCACAUUCCUGCUGAUGAUCUCCUACAACUACCACUACUCGACUCUCCGCCGAGUUCCCCAUUGGACGAUCACGAUGUUAUUCCUGCCUUUGCUCCGGCUGUAGUGACGCCUCCAAUGCGAAUGGAUCUGCCGCCUGCCAAGCGUGCACGCGUUGCUCGGUACAAGAACUAUGUCCCUGAGGAGGAGACUAUUCGCAACGACUAUUCGCAGAGAUACGUCGAUGGUGGGGAGUGGCCGCAGAACUGGGUGUUGGGAUCUGAACCUGAGCACCGGUUCGAGGAGUAUCCAAAGCAGCAACGCCUUUUGUCAUUGAAGAAGGCGUCGGUCAACAAUCAUUCCGUGGCACCGACUUAUCUACCUUUCUCUGCCUUACACACUGUGCAUCCGGCCAAAUUCGACGUGAUUCUUAUCGACCCUCCGUUCUCUUCAUCGUUCUCGUGGGACGAUCUUCAGAAUCUACCUAUCUCAUCACUGGCGGCGGAUCCUAGUUUCGUCUUUUUGUGGGUCGGAAGUGGUGCUGGAGAGGCUUUGGAAAUGGGGCGGGAGGUCCUGGCCAAGUGGGGUUAUCGACGCUGUGAGGAUGUAGUUUGGGUCAAGACCAAUAAAACGACAAAUAACGGCCCAGGUACCGAUCCUCCGACCACCUCUCUUCUCACACGAACGAAGCAGCAUUGUCUGAUUGGCAUUCGUGGCACAGUGCGGCGCUCGACGGAUAGUUGGUUCGUUCACUGUAAUGUGGACACCGACGUGAUCUUCUGGGAAGGGGACGACGCCGAUCCUACUCGGAAACCUCCAGAGAUGUACAGCCUGAUCGAAAACUUUUGCCUUGGAACGCGGAGACUGGAGCUCUUCGGGCGAGCACCAACAUCCUUGCGCCGAGGAUGGGUAACUGCCUUGGCUUCCGGGCAGGAGUCACGUUUGGGGCUGGACCCGGAUGGGACGGGCACUGUCUAUUCCGAGGAAGGAGCGGUCGCCCGGCCAUGGAAUCUCGAGUCAUGGGAUGCGGACAUCAAGGUCCUUGCAGCUGGGGGGCGCAUGGUUGUUCCUACCACAUCUGAGAUAGACGCCCUGCGGCCCAAGUCACCUGUGAGACCCGGCUCCCUCCAGGCGCAGGCAAAUCACGUCCCGGGUGCGAAUGUGGGGCCGCGCUUUGCUGCGGUGAACCGGGCUGGAUUCGUGCCGAAUCCGAUGGGCCAAAUGCCCCAGAUGAUGAUGGGGAUACCGAUGAAUGGGAUGGGCAUGCUGGGUGGCGCGGAAGGGAUGAUGCACGGUCAGUGGCCGGGAAUGAUGGCUAUGCCCGGUGCAGGAAUGGGUUUGAAUGCCGGCGGGAUGGGCAUCAAUAACGGUGUGAUGGCACUGAACGGGGCCGGAAUGGGCUCCAACGGGAUGUUGGGUCAAAUGGGCAUGGGGAUGGCAUAUAAUCCUGCGUUCAACGGCGCUGGCUGGGCGGACCAGCAAUAUGGCAUGGAAGGUGCUUGGGGUGAUGGAUCAUGGGGGACCAAUGGUCAGGGGCAGGGCGGCUAUUAGCAUUCAUCUCCAACGUAGUGUAUCUGGCAUCGCUUCUCGUGGCUCACAUACAUAAGUAAUCUCAGUUCAAAUCUGUUGUAAAUGUCAC